UGAAGGUACAAGACAUGGCAUCCACAGACAAGCACCCUGAUGACACCUUGCACUCAGGCAAGCAGGGAGGAAGAGCUUGCUGUCAAGGCUCAAUUGGAGGAGCUGAAAGGAGAGAGGUGUCCCAAGGGAGAGUGCAAAGGUAGGGACUAGAAGAACUUGGGGAGCUGUUGCAUGUGGAAUCCCCUUCUCUUAUGAUUACUGGGAGGGGUCUUGUCAGAUGCAAACAUCCCUUCCCAAAUCUGCCUUGGGUUCUGGCUUGAACUUGAUAUGAUAAGACAUCUGACAGAGGCACUUGUUUGGUGACUGAAACACACUACAAUCUGAACCACCACAUGAACCCAGGUGAUGUCAUCCAAAAUGCCAAAAGCUGGAAGGUCCAGACAACUGAAGAAUGGUCCGCAUGCUAAACAACCCUCUUCUGAAAUCAAACAGUCCAAAGAUGAUAGUGUGGGCCAGCUGCUAGAUGUUACUAUAGCUGCCAUCAAUGUUACAAAAGUUCUUGUUCCUAUUGUGCUAGUGCAAGGCAUCCUUGGAACAGUUGCAAACAUUUUGACUAUUGCACAGUCAGUGAUCAAGAACAAGUCUGAUUUCCAAGCGAUAGCCAGCCAGUGCAAGGCCAUCAGGAAAAUCCUUGAAAGAGUGACCAAGGGUGCUACUGAUGAUGAUCUGCCAGGAUACUUGAAGGAUGCAUUAUCUCAGCUCAACAUAUCAGUAAAUUGCAUCAAUAGCAACAUAGAGUCAAAGCAGGAGCAAGGAUUUUGGAGGAGGCUCUUUGCUGUCAUGAUUGAUCAUGAUGAGAUCACUGCAUGGGAAAAAGACUUGGAUUGCAUCCUCAGAUUCUUCAAUUCUGAAGCAGUUGCUGGCAUGGCAAUUGACAUGAAGUCUGUCAAGAAGGCUUUGGAACUUGUAGGUAAUGUUCCUGGUAUGAAUGUCUCAAAGAAUUGCCAGAUUGAGCCUCCAUCAUGGCCUGCCAUGCUGUUUGGUCAUGACAAUCUUGUGGCAGAGUUAACAAACCUUGUUGUCAGUGAUGAGCAUUUGGUGUUAAUUGGUCCUAGGGGCAUGGGAAAAAGUUCUUUGGCCCAAGCCAUCAUCAAUGAGCCACUCAUCAUGGACAAAUUUGCUUAUAGGCACUUCUUUGUGGCUUACAAUGAUGGGCUGGACCCUUCGACCAUCACUUUCAAAACUUUCAUGGCAUGUUUUGCGAGAGCCCUAGGCAUAGAGAUCUCUGGCACUGAUCCCUUGCACCAGAUAUCUACCUUUUUUUGUUCUGCCAGUGCCCUCAUUCUGGAUAAUGCUGAGACCUUCGAAGAGGCUAGUGCAUUAUUGGUCCUUAGAAACAUACCACUGGCCAUUGCUGAAAUAGUGAAUAUCCCUGGCAUCAUUCUGGUUCUCACAUCAUGCAGUAGAAGGAAUGCACCAAAUGUGUGA